ACAGCAGCAUGAAGUUCCCGGUGCGAGGGCUGGUGGCGCGCUGGCGGUCGCUGGUGCUGCUGCUGUGCCCGCUGGUGCUGCUGCCGCUUGCCGUCUCCAGCUAUUCGGAGUCACGAUGUGGCUUUGUUGUGCUUGUGAUGGCCGUCUACUGGAUGACAGAAGUUCUCCCACUGCCCAUAACUUCACUGUUGCCUGUCGUCUUGUAUCCAAUGCUGGGCAUACUCAGUUCCAAUGAUGUCUGCAUUCAGUACCUGAAAGAAACCAACAUGAUGUUUGUAGGUGGUCUCAUUGUUGCCAUUGCAAUGGAACACUGUAAUCUUCACAAAAGGAUAGCUCUGAAGACUAUCCUCAUUAUCGGAACAAGCCCACGCAGGUUAACACUUGGCUUCAUGCUGACCACCAUGGUCCUAUCCAUGUGGAUCUCAAACACAGCCACUACAGCAAUGAUGACACCAAUUGUUCAAGCAGUUUUGGAGGAACUGAAAGCUCAUGAAGAUGUAGAGGCAAGACGAACUUCUCAGGUUCCAGCCAUUGCAGAUUCAGAGGAAGCCAGCGGGGUAUAUGAUCCUGAAACUCGCCGGAAGUCAACUGUGCUGAAGAGUGAUCUUGACAAACUGAAGCGCCCAGAUAAGGAAACCAUCUGCUACUUCCUUGGCAUUGCCUAUGCCUCUAACCUUGGAGGUACAGGAACUCUUACAGGAACUGGAACAAAUCUUACCUUCAAGGGUAUUUUCCACAGCCUUUUCCCUGAAGCUGAAGGCAUAAAUUUUGCAAGCUGGAUGAUUUUCUGUGUUCCAUUAAUGCUCCUGUCUGUCACUGCUGCAUGGAUGUGGCUUAAUGUCCUCUACAUGGGGUUGUUCAGAAAACAAACAGAUAAUGGAAAGAAGAAAGGAGAAGAACAUGCUAAGGCUGUCCGUCAAGUUAUCCAUCAGUCAUACAGUGAACUAGGUCCUAUGACAUAUCACGAAGGCUCUGUGUUGUUUCUGUUUGUUGCCAUUGUGUUGUUGUGGUUCUUCCGUGAACCUGAAUUUAUACCUGGCUGGGCCAAGUAUAUCUCCAAUGUGGAAAUUGAAGAUGCAACACCUGCCAUGCUCAUUGUCUUUCUUCUUUUCUGUCUGCCAGCUAAUCUCAAUUUCUUGAAGCUGAACAAAUCUGGUGAUGCAUCUCCAGCGCUGCUUCACUGGAAAGCUGUGCAUGAAAAGGUUCCAUGGGGGCUUGUCUUGCUGCUUGGUGGAGGAUUUGCAAUGGCAGCUGGCACUAAGGCAUCUGGACUAAAUCAGUUACUUGGUGAAACAUUGGUUGCACUUGAAGUUCUCCCACGAGAAGUGAUUCUCAUUAUAGUUUGCACAGCCACAACUUUUCUCACAGAAGUCUCAUCAAAUACUGCAAUUGCUAAUAUUGUUACACCUGUACUUGCAGAAAUGGCUAAAGCAAUGGAGAUCCAUCCCCUCUAUUUUAUGAUGCCAGCUGUACUGUGUUGUUCAUUCGCUUUCAUGUUGCCUGUUGCCACUCCACCUAAUGCCAUUGUGAUGGCAGCAUCAAACAUGAGGUCAUCUGAUAUGAUGAAGGCUGGCCUGGGUAUGAAUGUUAUCUGCAUCAUACUAGUAUCAAUACUAUUUCCAACAUUUGGUUCAGCUGUCUAUGGCUUGGAUACAUUCCCUGAUUGGGCAAGAGGAACAAAUAUAACAACAGGUGUGUAGCAGUUUGAAGACUGUUGCAAUCCUGCUGUAUCAUCAGACUGAGCCAUGAAUGCAUUUGUCUGAAACUAAUUAGGAAAAAUUACGUUCCUCAAAAGAAUUCUUUUUUGUUUGCUGCAGCUGCAAAUGUUCUUGCAAAAAGGAAACCAGAUAAUUUGUGAUCAGUUAUUAUUGUACCAAAAGUACAAUCCUCUGUGCAGCUAACAUAAUCAGUAUUUAUUCAGUCUAUUUAUUGAAACCAAAUAUCUGGACAGAGUAACUUUGUGCUAGUACAUACCAUAGGUGACAUAUGACUAGAACACAGAAAGGCAGUUAAGCACAGUAUGUAUGAUUAGCUGAUAAUGUGUUUAAAGGUGUGUACCAGUGGUGUCAGCAACUGUGAUGUACUUUAUAAACAAUGAACAUUGGACUAUCACCAGAUUCUUGUUGUGAAACAAAGAAAUACUGAACAAAGUUCAAGUCCAAAUCCAUAUGCAGUUGGGAGUGGAAUAAGAUGCAUAGUUUAAAAAUAACCAACAGCAAUUAACCAAAGUAUGACUAAUUGCUCAAAAUGACUGCUACGUUAACAACAGCAGGAAGAUUUCAGAAGAUAUACAGUACUUAUGAAUGCCAUGAAAUAUUUGAAAACAAUCUCAUGAUACUUUUAAAGUAAAAUAUUAGUUCCUUACUUUUUCUUACUGCAAAACUGCCAAGGAUUUCAUAACAUGCUACUCUGUAUCACAACAUAUUACAUCACCAACCUUCACUCAGAUGUAGCAAUGCAAGUUUUAAUUGUGAUAAGUACAUUUCCAUUAAGCAUAUCUUUUUUGUUCCAUUCAAAUUUCAUUACAUAAAAACACAAACAUUAUCCAUUAUGUUACAAUGAGAUUAAAGUGUUUCAAGAUAACUCCAGUGAAAUAGAUAUAUAUGGAGUGAAGCAAGAAAACAGAGAAGUGCUAUCAUACAAUAAAGGAAAGCAAAUAUGUUGUUAAAAUUAUUUGUUUAAAUGAAAAUUACAUUAUGACAUGAGUACAAUAUUCCAUAUUUUGAGAUGUGGUAGCAUGGGAAAAAAAUGAGGACACAUACCUCUGCUGUUUUUCAUGGAUGCAGAAAUCAUUUGUUAAUGCUGUUACUGUCAACAAUAUACACAUUUUUGGGUAACUGCAGCACUUACAUGAAAUCAAUUUGUGUUUUUAUAAGUCUGCAAAAAACUUUUACAUUAUAAUUUUAUCUUUGGACUUGCCAGUAUAAUGGAAGAUCGUUUCUAAUAACAAAUGUUUUGCAGUAGAAGAUGUGUUUCACAGCAGCAGAGAUGAAGUAGUACUCAAAGCUCUUGAGGUAUGCAUUUUAGAGCACAUGUUUACUGGAUAUUUUUGUCUUGUUUUUGUUCAUACUACCACUUCUCAGAAAAUGGAAUUUUAUUAAGUUCCUGUAUAUAUACUAAGUAUGUUUAAAGUUCUUUUGUCCAUUUACUUCAAAGCAAAACCUCAGACUGUAAGUGCAGUGCCUCAUGCUGCCACUGUCAACUCUGAAGCUAAAUACACACUGUAAUUUGUAAUAUAGUUUCCUUCUGAAAAUAAUUUGUCAUUACUUGGUUACAUGCUUAUCUGGCUGUAUGUGUAAUUUGAUGAGAUUACUAACUGUGCUUUGUGCCAAAGAUAUCUUAAGUCAAAUUUUUGUUAACACUUUGUGCUGUAUCAUAAAUUACACUUUUAUAUGCACUUAUUGGAUGACUCCAACAAUGGUGUAAAUUGUUUACAAGGCAGUUGAACACAGUAGCAUUUUUCAGGUCUUGAUUUAUUUCAGUCAUUUUAAUUUAUGUGCCUGUAUGUUUCAUGUAAAGUUAGGAGUAUAUUUCACUGCACUAUUUAAAUUUUCAGGUCUAAAAGUGACACCAGUUGCAUAAUGCUGUCAUAUGUAGAUGGUGUCACAUGGUGGUCUCAAUUGUAAAACACAAGUACAAAUCUUGUUCACAGUCAAAUAAAAACUGUUCAGAAUA